CGUUUUGCCGCGUCACCUAAGUGCCGUGUAUUAUGUGAAACAGCAAUUGAAAUUGGACGAGAAGAAGGAGAACAGCACGGACGGUAUAAACGGCAGCUCGGCGGUGGGCGUGGGCGUGGGCGUGGGCGCGAGCAGUAACGCGGCGCUGACUGCCGGGCGGCUGCCGCGCGCGUUGCACGACGAACUCGCGCUCAUACUCAAGCGGAUCGGCACCAAGGAACACAACAAGGAUGCGCUCGCGCAACUAUACGAUCUCAGGGAGCGUCACCCGGAAGUAGACAUCUGGACGUUCAUGCAGGGCUCCUCGUUCUACUUCCGCAACUACGUGGAGCGCGGCCUCAGGGAAGUAGCUGAACAGAGAAAAAUGUCCUCCAUGCCGAUAUACAAACACGACUACAAGGCUGACAACAUAGAUAUCAGUAAUGAAAAUGAUGAGAUAUCAUAUCUCACUUACGUAGAACGAUUGCGUGUUCUUCAAGCGAAAGCGGGUCUAAAGAGUGACUCGGCGCCGUCGUCUCAACCUCGUACGCCCAUGGGCGACAACAGGAGUAUCGCUGAUACCAUCAACGAGAACACCCUGCCGCGGCCGCAUAGCAUCGAUCCACAAUUGGAAGUUAGUGUAUAUUUUUAAAGUACUAGCUGUACUCGCGACUUCGUCCCCGUGUGAAAUAGCCUAAAUCAGGGGUCGGCAACCUGCGGCUCUUUGGCUGGGAAGCUGCGGCUCUUUAGUUCCGAACACAAAUAUUAUUUAUUUUAUAUAAGAAAAAUCAUUUUAAAACUUUCUGAAUCGAUUAACAAAGAUUCGGCACCACUUCUAUCUCUCA